CUGGCUACUAAUAACAGAUAUCUAUGUAUGACCUUCACAAUGUAUUAUAAUGGAUUUCAAGACGAAACAAAGCAAAUAAAAUCAAACAAACAAGUAUUAAUAAGUGACUUUUGGGCAAUAUAUGACUUGCCAUUGCCACUACAAAUAGUACAUUGGACCUUCGAGAGGCUUCCUUGACCUUGGUUGCUAUCGUGUAAAGCUUUCGAAACAGAGCGUGGUGAUUGAGCAAUGGCUUCUAUAUCCAUCUUGAACCCUAAAGCGGAGUUCGCGAAAUCCCAGCAUGCAUUCAGUAUCAAUUUGGCUGCAGCCAGGGGCUUGUACGAUGUUUUAAAGACCAAUUUAGGACCUAAAGGAACUAUGAAAAUGCUCGUCUCCGGUGCCGGUGAUAUUAAGAUAACCAAAGACGGCAAUGUUUUGCUUCAUGAAAUGCAAAUCCAGCACCCUACUGCCAGCCUGAUUGCGCGUGUAGCUACUGCUCAGGAUGAUAUGACCGGUGAUGGCACUACGUCUAAUGUCCUCUUGAUUGCUGAAUUGCUCAAACAAGCUGAUGUACAUACAUCUGAAGGCCUUCAUCCACGUUUCAUAACAGAGGGCUUCGAUAUGGCUCGAAACAAAUGCUUAGAAAUAUUACCAAAGUGUCAGAUAAGCUGCUUCUCGGAUCCAGCAUCCCCCGGAACUCUGAAUAGAGGCAUACUUGAGGCUGUUGCAAGAACAUCACUAAAUACCAAAGUGCAUUCUGACUUGGCUAAUCUUUUGACUGAGCACGUGGUAGAUGCAAUAUUGUCGAUUCGUAGUGCGAGUGAACCUUUGGAUUUGCAUCGCAUUGAAUUGAUGCAGAUGCAACAUAAGACUGAUAUGGACUCAAUACUUGUCAAGGGAAUAGUACUUGACCACGGUGGUAGACAUCCAGAUAUGCCUAAACGGAUUACUAAUGCAUUUAUAUUGACAUGCAAUGUGUCAUUCGAAUAUGAAAAAACUGAGGUGAAUUCUGGGUUCUUCUAUAAAACAGCAGAAGAACGAGCAUCACUCGUGAAGUCUGAGCGGGAGUUCAUCGACAUGAGAGUGCAGAAGGUGAUAGAGUUAAAAAGGAAAGUUUGCGAUAAGGAAGGUGGUGGAGACUCCAAGCCCGGAUUCGUUAUAAUUAACCAGAAAGGCAUUGAUCCCUUCUCACUAGACGCUUUUGCUCGAGAGGGAAUACUUGCUCUCCGUCGUGCCAAAAGACGCAACAUGGAGAGGAUCACACUCGCUUGUGGUGGAUAUGCUCUGAAUUCAGUAGAAGAAAUGACACCUGACUGUCUUGGUUAUGCUGGAUUAGUGUACGAAACCACUCUGGGGGAGGAAAAGUACACCUUUGUCGAGGAGUGCAAAGAACCUCGUUCGGUUACUCUGCUAAUGCGUGGACCCAAUAAACAUACUCUUAAUCAAAUCAAAGAUGCUGUAAAUGAUGGUCUUCGUGCCAUUAAAAAUACAUUAGAAGACGAUUAUAACGCCUGUGUUACUCUAAUUUCCGAUUUCGAUUGUGUAUAUGGGUUCAGUGACUACUUACAUUGUUGCUACAAACAUAAACUUCUUAGGAAUGAGCACUUUCUUUCAUAUCCUAUUUCGAAAGUCCUUCCAAGCAGAUUCUAACGUUUGCGAUCAGUUAUAUUAGUGUGAGGAACGAAGUAUGUUCCUCGCUAUACUACAUGAGACAAAGGCCGUUAAAUAGGACUUGUAUAAAGACGCAAGUCCUCUGGGCAUUUCCUAAGACAAUUUCCCUAUCACAUGUCAUCUUGUAGGGUGAAAUGUAAUCAGUAGUACACUUCAUAUUGAACUUAUCUUUGUUUUUUAUCUAACUUUUCAUGGCUUCCAGAAUGCGUUAUCCCUGGCGCAGGGGCUUUUGAACUGGUCGCAUAUCGCGAGCUUGUUAAGUUCGUUCAAACAGUGAAAGGUCGUGCACGUCUCGGUGUCCAAGCGUUUGCGGAUGCUCUACUCGUGAUUCCAAAAGUUUUGGCGAGAAAUGCUGGUCACGAUGCCCAAGAAACUAUGGUAAAAUUACUCGAGGAAUCAGCAAAGGCAGAAGCUCGUUGUCACGGCAUUUCGCCAAUGGACUUUGUUGGAAUUGAUCUAACUACUGGGGAAGCGAUGAUUCCUGCUCAGGUUGGAGUUUACGAUAACUUCAUUGUAAAAAAGCAAAUAAUCAAUUCUUGUUCAAUCAUCGCAACCAAUCUCUUGCUUGUUGAUGAAAUCAUGCGAGCAGGAUUAAGCUCCCUCAAGGGCUAACUGUAUACUCUAAUGAGUUAAUCGAAUAUAUUUGCUUUUGAAUACAUAUUUAUUUCACGCCUUA